CCGGCAACCGCGCCGUUGACGAGCCUCCCCACCACCCUCUUCACCGCGCCGCGCCGCGCGGUGCCACUGUGCCCGCGGCUGCUCCUCCCUCCGUCCUCCGAGUCCCAAAUAAAGCGGGGUGGGGAUGCUGAGCCGGAUGGCCGCCCCCACGCUCUCGCUCUCGCUCCCCAUCACGCGCUCGCGCGCGCCCCUCGCGCUCCGCCGGCUCCUCCUCCCGCGCCGCCUCGCCGCCCCGACCCAGGCCCAUCGAGGCCUCUCCUCCUCCGCCUCCGCCUCCGCCUCCUCCCGGGCGCGAUCCCUCGGCGCCCGCCCGCCUCGCCCCCGCGAACGGCUCGCGCUCCUCGGCACCGGAGGUGCAGGGACAGGACGGAGAGGUGAGUUUGGUCGCAGAGCCAUGUCAGGUUCGAGGAAUUCAACAGUGGCCGCGGAGUUGGCUGUGGCUGAGAGGAACGUCGAGCAAUUACCUUUUGUGAAUGACAAGCAUGGAGGUGUUAUUAUUGAGAUGGUGACUCCGAUGGAUCCUGGAGUGUUUUCAGCUUCACUGAAAGCAGCAUUGACGAAAUGGAGGGAGCAGGGAAUAAGAGGUGUCUGGAUCAAAUUGCCUAUUACCCUUUCCAACCUUAUUACACCAGCUGUGGAGGAAGGUUUCUGGUACCAUCAUGCAGAGGAAACAUACUUGAUGCUUGCCUACUGGCUUCCAAAUACAACACAUACGCUGCCAGUAAAUGCAACCCACCGUGUGGGUAUUGGAGCUUUUAUAAUGAAUGACAAAAGAGAGGUCUUGGCUGUACAAGAAAAGAGUGGUGUACUUCGAGGCCUUGGUGUAUGGAAAUUUCCAACUGGCGUAGUUGAACCAGGGGAAGAUAUAAAUGUUGGUGCCAUAAGAGAAGUAAAAGAAGAGACAGGGAUUGAUGCAGAAUUUGUUGAAGUGCUUGCCUUCAGGCAGAGCCACAAAGCCUUUUUUGAUAAAUCGGAUCUAUUUUUUGUAUGCCUGCUACGACCACUUUCAUAUGACAUUACUAAGCAAGACUCAGAAAUAGAGGCAUGCCAGUGGAUGCCAGUGGAGGAAUUUGCAGCGCAGCCGUUUCUCCAGAAACACGAAUUCGCGAAGUACAUCCUCAAAGUCGGUUUAGCUAAAGUGGACAAGGAAUAUGCAGGGUUUUCGCCGAUCUCCAUAAAAUCGGCAUUCACAGACAAACUGUCCUUUUUUUACAUGAACCGGAGGGAUCUCGACAAGGCCUCAGGAUCAAGCAAUUAGUAAUACACAUGAAUUUCAAGAUAGUUGAAAUUUCACUUUGGUCUGUGAAAAGGGUCUGAAUCAUUCAUACUUGAUUGUUUUGUUCACCAAUUGACGGUAUGUUGCCUGCCGCACGUGUCUGUAAUUCAAAGGAGAUAUAGCAAUUCAAAAGUACAGCUGAAAAUGUUGCGCUUAUGGAUUUGUAUUUGUAGGUUUACAGACAAUAAAAUGCUGGUUGGGAUUGACAAGAGAA